AUGGGACGACCUAAAUUCACAAUUGAAAAUGAGAAGAUCAAGUCCCUGCUAGACAUUCAGCUGCCCGUUCCUUUCAUAGCCAAACUAUUAGGAGUUAGUGAAAGAACAGUUUUUCGUAGGAUGAGAGAGUUUGGAUUGUCUGUGUCAGACUCCUACAGUACAAUGGGUGACCAAGAGCUUGAUAUAUACAACAUUGUCAUAUUUGGGGGCAUUGACGGUUUUUCCAGAAAGAUAACGUACUUGGAUGCAGCUAACAAUAACAAGGCAUCAACUGCCUUUACCUUCUUUCUACAAUCCGUUGAGAGGAAUGGUGUGCCUUCAAGGGUUAGGGGUGAUCAAGGGGUUGAGAACCUCAACAUUGCACGCUUCAUGUUCACUGUAAGGGGAACAGACAGAGCAAGUUUCAUCUCUGGAAAAAGCAUACAUAACCAAAGAAUAGAAUGGCUCUGGCGUGAUGUGUGGACAGCGGUGACUAGCACAUAUUACGAUACCCUCCAUAGUCUUGAAGAAGAUGGCUUGCUGGACAUCUCAAACACACUGCAUAUUUUCCUUGUCCACUUUGUGUUUCUUCCCCGUCUCUGCAAAGACUUGCAGGCAUUUGCUGAGGGCUGGAACCAUCACCCCCUCCGCACUGAGGGAAAUAUGACCCCACAUCUGUUGUGGGAGAUGGGACUUAUGCAGAAUAGCAUCAAGGACCUUGAUAUAGACUGGGAAAGUGCCAUUUUCCAUGAGGAAUCAUCAACAGAAUUUGGAGUUGUGGUUCCAGAACUCCUCCCCCCUCUAAACGAACAAGAAAUAAGAAGCCUCCAAGCUGCUGUUGACCAUACAGUGACAUCACACUCAAAUGGUAGAGACAUCUAUAUUCAGUGCCUUCGAAUUUUUCAUUGACCAAUUGUGAAUAUGCGAAAUCUAUUGUCCUUUGCUUGUUCAUAUCUACUAGAGAUGGAAACAUGUAUUUUCCAAUGAAUCUUUAUUGAACACCAGAAAAAAAUUUCAAAUACAGUGAACAGUAUAAUAUUCAAUAUCACUCUUUUAAGGUGUCACCCGAAACUAAAGCUGAGUAACACAAAGAAGCAUGUGGUGCUGAACAGUGUUUGUGGAAUGCUUACCAUAUGACAGAUUAAACUCUUUAUAUCAACUUGAAACUGUAAUGUUAUACAAGCAAUAAAUU